AUGUCUAACGUUGCAGAUGAAAGAUUGGAGGUGGCAACGCGAUCCUCUUUGAUCGCCUCUGAUUUGGUCGUCCUCUUUGUUACCUGGUACCGAACAUAUCAGACUGCCAAGCUAUCUCUCCGUAGCCUUCGCAAGGAAUCUUUCGCAGGGAUCCUUCUCCUAGAUGGGACGAUUUACUUCAUGGUGCUGCUGGUCUUGAGCGUCCUGCAAAUGACGUUUACGCUGACCGGGGUCGCUGAGGGCGGAACGACUUUGUUCACAAGCGUUAUCAGUUUUAUCGAGGAACCCUUGACCGCUAUCCUGACAUCGAGAUUCCUCAUUGAUUUGCAAAAUGCCCAGUGCAAGCUCGCGGGCUCGUCCAGGUCGGUCUCGUUCGGGGAACUUGCUUUCGAACCGCAGACGUCGAGGAAUACCAGCCGCAUCAUUGGGUCUUUGGGAGUCCAGCUGUCGUUUCGUGACGGUUUCCAAGACGGAGAGGACGAGGUCGAAGAUGCAAUGUAG